AUGCGUCCCGAAGUCGAACAAGAACUCUCCCACACCCUGCUCAUCGAGCUUCUGGCCUACCAGUUUGCCUCGCCUGUCAGAUGGAUUGAAACACAGGACGUCUUCCUCGGCGAGAGGACGGCGGAGCGCGUGGUAGAGAUUGGUCCGGCCGACACCCUUGGUGUCAUGGCCAAGCGUACCCUCGCCUCCAAGUAUGAAGCCUACGAUGCAGCCAAAUCCGUGCAGAGACAGAUUCUUUGCUACAACAAGGAUGCAAAGGAAAUCUACUACGACGUUGACCCGGUAGAGGAUGAGCCAGAGCCCGCAGCUGCCGCUGCCGGAGCGUCCGAAGGAGCUGCGCCUACCGCUGCCGCCCCCGUCGCCGCCGCCGCCCCUCCCCCCGGUGCCGGCCCGGCAGCCCAGGUUCCCGAUCAGCCUGUGCAGGCUGUCGACAUUGUCCGCGCGCUCAUUGCGCAAAAGCUGAAGAAGCCCCUACUUGAUGUUCCCCUCGGCAAGGCAAUCAAGGACUUGGUUGGCGGCAAGUCGACAUUACAAAAUGAGAUUCUCGGCGAUCUUGGCAAAGAAUUUGGCUCUACUCCCGAAAAGCCCGAAGAUACACCCCUAGAUGAGCUGGGCGCAUCGCUUCAGCCUACCUUCGACGGCAAUCUGGGCAAGGUCUCGCAGUCUCUUAUCGCCCGUCUCAUUUCCUCCAAGAUGCCCGGUGGCUUCAAUAUCACAGCUGCUCGCAAGUAUCUUGAAACAAGAUGGGGCCUUGCUUCUGGUCGCCAGGACGGGGCUCUGCUACUUGCGCUCACCAUGGAGCCAGCUGCCCGUCUCGGUGCUGAAGGCGACGCCAAGGCUUUUCUCGACGAUGUUACUCAGAAAUACGCUACCAACGCCGGUUUCAGUCUCACCAGCACUACUGCCGCCGAUGCUGGUGGCGGUGGUGGCGCCGGUAUGAUGAUGGAUCCCGCCGCCAUCGAUGCCCUGACCAAGGAUCAGCGCGCUCUAUUCAAGCAGCAGCUCGAGCUAUUUGCUCGUUAUCUCAAGAUGGACCUCCGCUCUGGCGACAAGGCUUUCAUCGACUCUCAACAGUCCGAAAAAGUGCUGCAGGCGCAGCUCGACCUCUGGACUGCCGAACAUGGCGACUUUUAUGCCUCGGGUAUUGAGCCUGUCUUCAGCCCACUCAAGGCUCGCAUAUACGACUCUUCGUGGAAUUGGGCUCGCCAAGAUGGUCUCAGCAUGUAUUAUGAGAUCAUUUUUGGUAGACUCCAGACUGUUGACCGUGAAAUUGUCAGCCAGUGUAUUCGCAUCAUGAACAAAUCCAACCCCAAACUGCUCGACUUCAUGCAGUACCACAUCGACAACUGUCCCGCCGAGCGAGGCGAAACAUACCAGCUUGCCAAAGAACUGGGGUAUCAGCUCAUUGACAACUGCAAAGACGUUCUGAAUGUUGCCCCUCACUACAAGGAUGUCGCUGUGCCUACUGGCCCUCGCACCACCGUCGAUGCUCGUGGCAACCUCAACUACGAGGAAGUUCCUCGUGCCAGCUGCAGAAAGCUUGAACACUACGUUCAACAAAUGGCUGAGGGUGGCAAGAUCUCCGAGUACGGCAACCGCACCAAGGUCCAGAGCGAUCUCCAGCGCAUUUACAGGCUCAUCAAGCAGCAGCACAAGAUGUCCAAGACCUCCCAGCUUGAGAUCAAGAGCCUGUACGGUGAUGUGCUUCGCUCUCUUGGCAUGAAUGAAAGCCAAAUCAUUCCGAAGGAAUCCGCCAAGGGCCGCAAGGCUGCCUCCCUCAAGGGCAGCAGCAACAAUAAGGGCCGCGUUGAGACCAUUCCCUUCCUCCAUCUCAAGAAGAAGUCUCUCCAUGGCUGGGAUUACAGUAAAAGGCUUACUUCUGUCUACCUCGACUGCCUCGAGGAAGCUGCUCGUUCUGGUGUCACCUUCACUGGCAAGCAUGUUCUUAUGACUGGUGCUGGCGCCGGCUCCAUUGGUGCUGAGGUCCUCCAGGGUCUCAUCAGCGGUGGCGCCCGCGUCGUUGUAACCACUAGCCGCUUUUCCAAGGAAGUCACCGAGUAUUACCAGUCGAUGUACACUCGCUAUGGCUCUCGUGGAUCUCAGGUUGUCGUUGUUCCCUUCAACCAGGGCAGCAAGCAGGACGUCGAAGCCCUCAUCGACUACAUUUAUGACCCCAAGAAUGGCCUGGGCUGGGAUCUUGACUACAUUGUGCCCUUUGCAGCCAUCUCUGAGAAUGGCCGCCAGAUCGACAGCGUCGACUCGCGCUCUGAGCUCGCUCACCGUAUCAUGCUCACCAACCUUGUCCGUCUUCUUGGUUGCGUUAAGGCUCAAAAAGCUGAACGUGGCUUUGAGACCCGUCCUGCCCAGGUUGUUCUUCCUCUAUCUCCCAACCAUGGUACCUUUGGCAAUGACGGUCUAUACUCAGAGUCCAAGCUUGGUUUGGAGACCCUCUUCAACAGAUGGUAUUCUGAGAGCUGGGCCAACUACCUCACGAUCUGCGGUGCUGUCAUUGGCUGGACUCGUGGUACGGGCCUAAUGUCGGGCAACAACAUCGUUGCUGAGGGUGUUGAGGCUUUCGGUGUCCGCACCUUCUCUCAGCAGGAGAUGGCUUUCAAUUUGCUCGGACUCAUGUCUCCUACCAUCGUUGAUCUUUGCCAGUCUGAGCCUGUCUUCGCUGAUCUGAACGGUGGUUUGCAAUUCAUUCCCAACCUGAAUGAGGCCAUGACGAAGCUCCGUAAGGAUAUCAUGGAGACAAGCGAGAUCCGCCGGGCUGUGACCAAGGAAAGCGCUAUUGAGAACACCAUCGUCAAUGGCGCUGAAUCCGAGGUUCUCUACAAGAAGAAGACAAUCGAUCCUCGUGCGAACAUCAAAUUCGACUUCCCUCCUCUACCUGACUGGGAUGACGAGGUCGCUCCCCUCAAUGACAAGCUCAAGGGCAUGGUCGAUCUCGAGAAGGUUGUCGUCGUCACCGGUUUCGCGGAAGUUGGUCCCUGGGGUAACUCGCGCACUCGAUGGGAGAUGGAAGCCUUUGGCGAGUUCUCUCUGGAGGGCUGUGUUGAGAUGGCCUGGAUCAUGGGUCUCAUCAAGAAUCACAACGGCCCCAUCAAGGGCAAGCCUUACGCUGGCUGGGUCGAUGCCAAGACUGGCGAGCCUGUUGACGACAAGGACAUCAAGGCCAAGUAUGAAAAGUUCAUUCUGGACCACUCUGGUAUCCGCCUGAUUGAACCCGAGCUUUUCGCUGGAUAUGACCCCACCAAGAAGCAGCUUCUCCAUGAAGUCGUUAUCGAGGAGGAUCUCGAACCCUUUGAAUCUUCCAAAGAGACUGCUGAGGAAUUCAAGCGUGAACACGCCGACAAGGUUGAGGUGUUUGAGAUUCCCGAGAGCGGCGAAUAUCUCAUCCGCCUAAAGAAGGGAGCCUCUCUCUGGAUCCCCAAAGCGCUCCGUUUCGACCGCCUGGUAGCUGGUCAGAUCCCCACCGGCUGGGACGCCAAGCGAUACGGCAUUCCUGAUGACAUUAUCGAUCAGGUUGACCCUGUCACUUUGUUCCUGCUCGUAUCUACUGCUGAGGCUCUGCUAUCCAGUGGUAUUACUGACCCCUAUGAGUUCUACAAGUAUGUUCAUGUCUCUGAGGUCGGCAACUGCGUUGGUUCUGGGAUGGGUGGUACUACUGCGCUUCGCGGUAUGCACAAAGACCGUUAUCUUGACCAGCCUCUGCAGAACGAUAUUCUCCAGGAGUCAUUCAUCAACACCAUGGCCGCCUGGGUCAACAUGUUGCUUAUCUCUUCAUCCGGUCCCAUCAAGACCCCUGUUGGCGCUUGCGCUACCGCUGUUGAGUCAGUCGACAUUGGUUACGAGACCAUCAUGGAAGGAAAGGCUCGUGUCUGCUUCGUCGGCGGCUUUGAUGACUUUGGUGAGGAAGGCUCCUAUGAGUUUGCCAACAUGAAAGCCACUAGCAAUACUGUUGAUGAGAUGGCCCAUGGCCGCACGCCCAAGGAGAUGUCUCGUCCCACCACUACUACCAGAAACGGUUUCAUGGAGUCUCAGGGCUGUGGUGUCCAGGUUAUCAUGACUGCCAAGCUUGCUCUUGACAUGGGUGUUCCCAUCCACGGUAUCCUUGCGCUCACUACCACUGCCUCUGACAAGAUUGGUCGUUCCGUUCCUGCUCCUGGCCAGGGUGUUCUCACGACUGCCCGUGAGCAUGCUGGCAAGUUCCCCUCGCCUCUCCUCGACAUUGACUACCGCCGUCGCCAGAUAGAGCGCCGCAAGAAGCAGAUCAAGCAAUGGCAAGAAUCGGAGCUUGAGUAUAUUCAUGACGAGAUUAGCGCCAUGAAGGUUCAACAGGGCGACUUUGACGAGAAGGAAUAUGCAUAUGAGCGCGUUCAGCACAUUGAAAAAGAAGCGAUCCGCCAAGAGAAGGAACUUUUGCGUAGCAUGGGCAACAACUUCUGGAAGAGCGACCCCAGCAUCGCUCCUCUCCGUGGCGCUCUUGCUACCUGGGGCCUGACCAUCGAUGAUCUCGGUGUUGCUUCUUUCCACGGAACCUCCACCAAGGCCAACGAUAAGAAUGAAUCAUCUGUCAUCUGUCAGCAGCUGCGUCAUCUUGGCCGCUCCGAGGGCAACGCGGUCUUGGGUAUUUUCCAGAAGUACCUCACUGGUCACCCCAAGGGUGCUGCUGGUGCCUGGAUGUUGAACGGCUGCCUGCAAGUCCUCAGCACGGGCUUAGUUCCUGGCAACCGCAAUGCAGACAAUGUCGACCCUAUCAUGGAAGAUUUCGACAUGAUUCUCUACCCCAGCCGCAGCAUUCAGACCGACGGCAUCAAGGCCUUCUCCGUUACCUCGUUUGGGUUCGGCCAGAAGGGUGCUCAGGCUAUCGGUGUCCACCCCAAGUACCUCUUUGCUACUCUUGAUGAGCACACCUACGACGAGUAUUGCGCCAAGGUUGAGGCUCGCCAGAAGAAGGCGUACCGCUUCUUCCACAACGGUCUCAUCAACAACAGCCUGUUCGUUGCCAAGUCCAAGGCUCCUUACACGGACGAGCAGCUCAGCUCUGUACUCCUCAACCCUGACGCUCGUGUUUCUACUGAGAAGAAGACGUCUGACCUCACCUUUGCCGCUAACUUCAUGAAGCAGUCUGAGAAGGCUGUUUCUUCUACACAAGCCAAGGAGACUCAGCAGGUCAUGGAGACGCUUGCUCGCAAAGUGGCGAGUCAGAACAGCAAAGUCGGCGUGGAUGUUGAGGACAUUGCUGCCAUCAACGUGGAAAAUGACACUUUUAUCGAGCGCAACUUUACCGCGAGUGAAAUUGCGUACUGCCUGAAGGCUCCUAGCCCCCAAAGCUCCUUCGCUGGUCGCUGGAGCGCCAAAGAAGCCGUUUUCAAGUCGCUCGGUGUCAGCAGCAAGGGCGCCGGUGCCGCCAUGAAGGAAAUUGAAAUCUCCCGGGACGACACUGGCGCGCCCAAGGUUUCGCUUCACGGCGAUGCCGCCUCCGCUGCCAAACGGGCUGGCGUGAAGGACAUAUCCCUCUCCAUCUCGCAUUCGGAUACCCAGGCUAUUGCCGUUGCUGUUGCGAGUUUCUAA